GUGGUGCGUCAUCAUUAGGCAUAAACACACAGUACACCAUAACAUCAGCGGUGUGGAGGGUCUCUUGGAAGGGGAGACUUGGAUCGCAAAGAUUUAUGACUUGGAAUGUGUGAAGUAUCCAUAUAACUGGGGUGAUACAGAAGCAAAACUACCCAAGGGAGGUAGAAUAUGAAUAUCUCUUUUGCCGGUUGCGGUUUUUUAGGAAUUUACCACGUUGGAGUUUCCAGUUGUCUCCGAGUGCAUUCACCUCAUCUGUUAGAUGACCCUAACUUCAAAUUACUAGGAGCAAGUGCUGGCGCUAUAGCUGCUGUUUGUUUGAUUUCUGGGUGUCCUCUAGGAGAGUGCACCAAUUAUGUCCUUCGUGUAGCAACCAAAGCCAGAUCCAGAUCUCUAGGGCCUUUGCAUCCAAGUUUCAAUAUUGUCAAACUUUUACAAGAUGGGCUCAAUGAAAUUCUGCCACCAAAUGCGCAUGAAAUCUGCACCAACAGAGUUUAUAUCUCUAUGACAAGGGUUUCAGACAGAGCCAACAUUAUAGUGUCUCAGUAUGAUACAAAAGAGGACCUCAUUCAGGCUUUGCUUUGCAGUGCUCACAUCCCUUUCUACUCUGGUUUACUGCCUCCAGCCUUUAAGGGAGUGAGAUGUGUGGAUGGCUGUCUCAGUGAUAACUUACCUGUAUUUGAUGAGAACACUGUGACAGUGUCUCCAUUUUGUGGCGAAACAGAUAUCUGUCCAGAUGACAACUCUGCAAAUUUCCUCCAUGUCAACCUGGCCAACACUAGCAUGCAGUGUACAUCUAAUAAUUUGUACAGACUUUCACGGGCUCUCUUCCCUCCUCAUCCUGAGAUACUAAGUGAAAUGUGCAGGCAGGGUUUUGAUGAUGCUCUUAAAUAUCUGCAGAGAAACACCUUGAUCAGCUGUGUGCGUCACUUCAGCAUUAAGUCCAGUAUCAGCCAGUGUCCCCCAGAGAGCCAAGUCAGUGGAGAGACCAGUGACUAUGACAGUGAAAGUGACCUUGAUGACCAUGAUGACCAUGACCCAGACACAUGUCAUGAGUGCAAGAAGAAGGUCCAAGUGGCUCUCAUAGAUAGUCUUCCCCUUCCUGUAGCUGGAGCACUGCAAGCAGCCUGUGAUUCUAUGAACAGUAACAUAUACACAAGGCUAACUAACAGGAAGACCUUUCGUUUACUGUCCCUGAUGACAUCUCCAUUAACACUGCCAGUUGAGAUGAUAUUUCACUAUUCAGUCAGGUUUCUGGAGUGGGUGCCAUAUCUCCCAGCAGAUGUCAGGUGGACAAUAAGGGAGUUUGUCCAGUUAAUUCAGUUGUUAAGACACAAGAUUGAGCAUAACCGCCAUCAAUAUAGUGCAAGGUUCACCUGCCAGUUGGCCAUAAGUGAUGCAUAUGAUGCUGAGGAGCCUGGUUAUGUUCCUGACACACAGUCCGACUAUAAAACAUACACAGCAUCAAAACAUUUACGCCACUGGGAUAUCUGUGUUGAGAGAGAAAACUCCAACCCAUACGAUGUCCCGUUGCCAUGCCACGAUCCAAUACCUCAGAUCUUCCACAGAGUUAGUCAUAUACGCCACAAAUUAGAGGAGGACCAUCACCACCAUCUUGAGGUGCAUGCUAGAAACCCACACAGGGAUUUUCAUGGGGAAAUUUCCACAGGGUCACCAAUAGGUGGCAGCCCCCACAAAGAUGAUAUGUGUGAACAGCUGGUGGAUACAUUUGAACACUGUCUCCAUGAAGCCAACCAGCAGGAGGCAGUGUUGGCUUAUUAUUACUUAGACGAGGACCAGAAGCUGAAAGUGACAGAAAUAUUCAGUGUGGUGGCUGAUUCUUCAGGAGCUGGCACAGAUAGUGCCUUUUGUAGUGACACUUCCAAAAAUAUAACAUCUAGUCCUUUGUCUUUGUCCACCUCCCCAAAGUCCCAGCUGGAACUUAGCUGGGACAACUACGUGGAAAUGAAAUCUGAUGGAGAGUUUGGAUAUGAAAUUGGAAAUUCCAGGUGGAUUGACAAUUCAAAAAACGAUGAUAGCCCCAUAGAAAUAUUAGAAAAUCCCAGGUGGAUGGAUGACUUGUUAAGUGAUGAGUGUCCCAUAGAGCCAUAUGCCCAUACUGGAUUUUCAACACCCGAAUAUGAUUCUGAUGAGAUUUUGUCAGAUCUCAGACAGUCCCUUGAAGAAACAAAUCAACAGUCAACAGACACAUUAUGAAAGCUUCUUCCGAACAACUUUUCUUCCAUUGGUUAUCAUAUUUCAGGUUGCCUUUAUUAAUCAAUGAAAAAUGGUCGAAUGUUACAUGUUAAUACAUAAAUGCAUUUUUUAUAUCAUGUAAAAGAAUAAAUUAAAAAUACAUUAUCAAAUAAUAUUUACAGAUAUUUUACAAUGAUUCCUGCUCAAUAUGAUUUCCUAAUUGAAAGAUCCAUUCUCAUUUAUUUAUUUAUUUAUUUAUUUUCUUUGUGUGUUGCCAAGCUUCUGACUAUUUGUUUCCGUAGACGGUGGAACUGUAGUAGUCUUAUAAUCGGACUGCAUUGUUCCCACUGCACGUUGGCGGUGAAGGACACUUUCAGGUUUACAGUGCAUACAUGUCUAGACCAAAUUAGCCACUAAAAAGCAUGUUCAUUAAUUUUCUUCCUUUGACUAAUUGAUUGCUUUAUAUGGCUAUGAUUUGCCUGUGAUGUUGCUGGAUUUUUUUUAAAAUAUUUGACUAAUUUUGGACGCCAGGUUAUUUAGAUUAGAAUUUUUGUGUUAAUUAUACUAAUGCACAGUUUUGUGUUUUAAGGUGCUAGCUUAUCUAUAUGAUAAUUACAGAAUAAUUAUCGCCAAAUAUGUAGCUAUAAAUUUUAUUAACAUAAUAGAUAGGUCGGAGGUCAGAAUACGAUUUAGGAAGACGUGAGGUAUUCGGAUUAUUGGUUCUCAGAUUAUAUAAGAAAAUGAAUGCAUUUUUCUAACUAUAAUAAUAAUAUACAUGUAGUUAUGUUGAACGCAUACCAAUUAAUUGUUAACUGUUUUAUAUUCUGCGCUAACAAAGGUGUUAUAUGUGGGACUGGAUUCUCUCUUUAUGCCGUGUUCACUACUACUAUUGUACGUAGACUUACAUAUUGCACUACCUCCGUUUGUUUAGUUUCGUGAAGGUAAAGCUGCAGUAAAGUUUGAAGGGGGGGGGGGUACCACGUAACGCACAGUAAAUUCAUUUACAAGCUUUCUAUAUAUGGAGUCGGACAGUAAGUACGACCCAUUGGUUGAAAUGGGACAGUAGAGAGGACAUUUAACUAUGGUAUACAUUGGUUUCCAUAGAAGAUAUAUUUAUAUUUAUGUAAACGCAUGGUUCUUCCCACUUUUAUGUCAUCCAUCUGUUCAUUAACUACUAGUCAAAAAUAAAUGCAAAUUCUUUUUCGUAAUCAA